AUGACGAUGCGAUCGCGCACCCAUUUAUGGGUCAACCGACGUCGCACUUCUUUCAAAAUUUGAUUUACAUGAAAUACUUUGAAAAAAAAAACAUUUACUAUAUAUUAGUAGUAGGGAUAAAAAAAUUAAAUAAUGAACGGGAAAAACUUAACGAAUUAUUAUCUAUUUUUUUAAAAAAAGAUGAAAAAUUACAAGUGAAAUGCCGGUGCAUAAUCACUGAAACGCAAGUCGGUUAUUUAGGGAAAAACUUUCAGAAAAGUAUGUCAGAAAACUCUCUCCAUAAUAUUCCAUUUGAACGCAAUCAGUGACGGCUAAUGCGUUCCUUCAAAACCUGAUUCUGAUCUUGAUCGAAGUUACACGUGUCACCAAAGACAUUGUUAGAAAACUCAGCUUGUCAAGGUGGAAUAAAAAUUUUGAAAAAUUCUAAAACAAACGAACACAGAAAACUUUGUUUCUUUUUUUUUGUUUGCAAAAAUAAAGAAAAAUGAGCGCAAGUUAUAAGAAAAAAAGAUUUUUCAAUUUUUUUAGAAAAAAACUGAAUGAGAUUUUCACUGGAAAAAGUUCUUCAAGACAUAACUUCACUAUAUACGUAACACAAUGAAGAGAAAAAAAUUCGUAAUGAAAAUGAAAAAAGUGAAAAAAAUAUAACUCGAAAAAUAUUGGAAUUUUCCAUGAAAGGGAAAAAACCGGUUUUGCGAAAUGCGCCCCAUUGCACUCUUGGAGAAUUUACAAAAAAAAAAUGUUUUUUUUAAGUCUUCGUGUUAUCCUUUUUCCGAAUUUCAUCUUCAUUUUUCAUUGUUAUGCCAAAAAAUACAGAGAUUUCAGAAAAUCUGAUGAUAUCUUUCGAAGACUUUCUCCUGAGACCCUCGAGAGUGAUAGAUCCUUUUAACCGUUUUGUUGGGCGAAUAAAUCCAUUCGUUGUAUGUGUCGAGUUUUGUCAAGUCAUUGGUCCACGGCCGCUGACGAUCGUAUCGUCGGAUCCAAACAAUGAGCGUGCGGUUUGUGGUUUUUAAUCGAAAUUAUUCGAGUUAUUUAGUGCCAGGAGUCGACAUCAACUCCUUGGCCGUGUGGCUGAUGAGUUCUGAAACUGCGCCAACAACGGUAGUUGUUCUAGAUAACAACCAAACUGGUAUCUCUGCUAUCGCUUACUAUUUCACCAUUUAUGACAUUCGAGCUCGUGCAUUUCAGGUAUUUUUUUCACAAUUUACUAUUUUCCACCUCUUGAUCGUCAAAGGGAUAUGCUUGAAUCGGAAUUUAUCAAUCUUGUACAUGAUUUUUGAAGUUUAUUUUUACAAGAAUUUUUUUGAAGAUGUUUCAAUUUCUUGAAUGUUUCUUCGCCUUAUAAUAAGUGAGGUCAUUUCACUUUAUGCGAUGGAGUUUUUUGAAGUUUGAAGAAAAUACUCUCCGACGUACUGGAUAAUUCUGAAAUAUAUCUUCUCUGAAAUUAAGACGUUCGUUCUAGAAAGAAAUAUAGAAAGUUUUGCAAACGAAAACUUCAAGGAUCUUGAUUGCGUUCAUCAAAGAAAAAAUUUUUUGGGCGGAUUCAGAAAACUUCCAACCUCUAAAUGAGAUAAAUUUUCCUGUCAGAGUUUUGAUGACAUUCAAAAAUACAAGCUCUUUUCUUUUUUUAGAGACCACUGUGCGUGGCUUUUCUGAGUUCGGAUCGUCCUACGAAAGAUCAUUUGCGAGCUUUCGAAGAGAACGUCAUCAAUUGCUUGGCUCCCGUCAUUUCUUGCAACCGUCGGUUCUUUUUGAGAAGUGUGGCGGACAUUGUGAAACUUUCGGAUAGCAUGGGUAUGAAAAUUUUAUCUGGUUUUAAACAUUUAAAUUUCAGACCUCUCGACAAUCCAACAGUAUUAUACGCUUAACAGCGAUGGAACCAAAGUCCCAGAUAUGAACAGAUUAACAAACGUUUUGGAACAGACGCGAAUACUGAAAAGCCGCGUUUUAGCUGUUGACGACUCCGAGUUCAACCGCCAAUGGCCUCGUUAGUUUUUUUUUUGUUCAGUUUCAAGGUUUUCCAAAACUUUGUUAAGAGAGCAAGUGCGUUGGUCACGAAGUGGAGAACUUGGAGGACGCCGAGGAGAUUUUGAGAUCUUUUCGAAGCGCUUCUGUCCCUCUUCAACCUGUAGAAACUCUCGCUCCUUGUGUUUGUGCAGAGCAAUUGUUUCCACUAGUUCAGUCUCUUUUUUAGGCUUUCGUUGAUUUCAAAGAAUCUUUGCGGACAAUUCUGACGGCGUGCACGAAAUUGGGCCAAAGAAGCGGUGUUCUAUUCUCUUCGGGCACACCUAUAAUGAAGCUUCCCAGAACUGAGACAUCUCUGCAGAAUUACGCAGAGAAAAGGUUUCUUGUCCGUUUUUUUUUCCUCCAAACAUACAUUUUUUCAGUCAAGAAGAAAACAAUAAAAGCAACGAUGAAACGCUCCGUUUGAUGACAACUCACCUAGCUGAUGUAAUUACUUAGUUUUGUGUUCUGUCGGAAUCGAUGGUCCCGAGUCAAUAAUUGUUGGUUGAAGAUCAUCUACCCGAUAUUGUGCGGCGACGACUUGGUAGUGUGCGGCAGCGAGCAAAGAAAGAAAACCGUGAUGGACGUGGUCGAAAAACUUUGUAACAUUGCCCCUGCCGUCAGUGGAAAUCUGGAAAAAGCUCGCUGGCUCACGGAUCGACUUUGGUAUUUUUUUCUUUUUUAGACAGUAUAACUUUUUCAAGCUCGGCUGCUUUUGGAGGACACCUGAUAGAAUGGGUUUUGAAAAGUUUAAAAAAUAAUCCGAGGUCAAAAAUAUGUUGGGUUUUUUACUUUUGACUUCAUCUAAAAAAGUGGGAAAAAUCUCUAAUAUAUAAAAAAAAAUUCCGACGGUUUGUACAUAAUUAAAAAACAACUGAAUUCUCCUUGACACAAAUACUAAAAAUGCACAAAUUUUUUCAUCGAAAACUAAAAUUGUUGCAACUGUUCUAUUAAAAACAGAAAACAAUCAAUUCGGUUCUUACUGUCAGUAAUUGCAAUUUGCAAAAGUUUUUGUCGGAGUGGUAGUCUUCAGGUUCAAAUCGAACUUUAUAAAGAGAAAAAAAUUAUUUUUCUAUCUAUAUACUCCAUUCAUUGAUGUUUCGUUACAAAAGUGCCAUGACACCUCUCUUUUCACGUAUUUUUUUUUUCAAGUCAAAUGUGAAUGUAGUAUAACAGUAGCUACUGCAUAUUUACUACCUGUGCGAUAUAUCUUUCCAGUGCUGCUGACGGCGCGCCCCGCCCCGCUAGGUAGAUAAGUUAAAAUAAAGUUCAAGUGAGAAAAAUUCGCAUAGUAACGACUAAUAAAGAGUCUAUUGGUAGAAGGAAAUAAAAAUUCAUUUAUAUCAUUGAGUAACGUUGAAGAAAUCUUCUAACAGUGUGACCGCUUCGCGGGGCGGGGCGCCCCGGUCUGAUCAGCAGCUCUGUAUCUUUCUUUUGAUAGAUAUUUACAUUAAAGUGUCGAGAGAGGCGUCUUCGGGCUGAAGUGUGCAAAGGGCGACGCAGUGAAGUCGCUGCGAAACGUGGUCGACAUGAAUCGCUGCGUUCUGAAAGGCACAGGCUACGAUGGCUCUCUCUUGAUCGGGCUGACGAAGCGGAGACGAUUUCCCAGCGACCAAGCUCUUCUCGCCUUUCUCGCCGCCUACUUCACCGACCUCUGUUCCCUUGCCUACGUGGCGCGCAAUCUUCCUCACCAGAAACUCAACAACGAGCAUUUGUCAAAGUCCGACGAAAGAAUCAUACUCAGCUUCCUCGCUAAGUUAGACUUUAUCAAGUAUCACGCACUAAAAACUGAUUGUGACAUUGCAUGUAUUGAGAAACCAUGUAAAAUUGUAAACUUGUAA